CUUUAUGUCAUGCCAAUGAAAGCUUUAGGCGACUAACUGAUGGCGCAGAGACAUGCAAUAAUGUGGCUUGUAGGCCUGCUUGUCGUACAGAUUGUGGUAUGUCAACAACCAACUAUAACCAAGUCCGAUGGGAAAAUCAUGUUAAAUUUGGAAUAUGUUAACCAACCAGUUCUGCGAUUUAACCCAAUAUAUACGACUACAUUUAAACCAAUCUUCUCAAUAGUAGCAGAACCAGAACCAACCCUGCAACCAGAACCAACACCAGAACCACAAUCACAAACAGAAGCAAUACCAGAACCGGAACUACAAACAGAAGCAACACCAGAACCACAACCACAACCAGAGUCAACUCCAGAACCAGAGCCAACACCAAAACGAAAGCCAAACCCAAAACCAGAACCAGAAUCACAAACAGAAGAAAUAACAACCGACACACUAUACAAACUAUUACAGUUUUUCAAAAAUUUUGUGUAAUUGAUGCCAAAAGGCCCUCAAUUAUAAGUGUAACAACACAUCAGAUCCAGAAGUAGGUCCCACUUUCAGAAUUAAGAUUGUACAAUGAAAUUUUGAAAUAUACUAUAAUAAACCAUGAUUUUUUUAAAUUUCAAAUAUACUAGACUACGGAUGGGAGCUUGUA